GCGGCAGCCCCGGCGGAGGAGACGGCAGCAGCCCCGGCGGAGGAGGCAGCCCCGCGGAGCCUUGGCAGGCGGUGAGCACGGGUGGAGUUCAUUUCUUUUGUUCCUGAGAGCUGAAUAGGAGAAAGGGACAUUUCAGCUUUUCUUGAUAAAGAUUAUAUCAUCUUACUUACACUGUGAGAGAAGAAUAAUUAUUGAAAAUUAAGAGCUCUACAGGUUGUGCUUGGCCGGGGAAGGAAGAGCAUUGGUUGACAAGGAGUUUUGGCGGUUCAUCCAAACCUCAACUUUCAUUUAAGCUGCUCAAAACGUGGAACAGGCAUUAACUGCUGCACUGAUGCCUCCCCGACCUCAUGCCAGUUUUCUAGACAACAUGCCCCUGCGAAGUUCUGGCAAGCUGAGCAUGGAGACCAGAAAAGAUGGUGAGAGUACGGCCCCUGCUCCUCCCCAGAAGAAGCUGUCCUGCCAGUGCCACCACCACUGCCCUGAGGACUCUGUCAACAACACCUGCAGCACCGAUGGCUACUGCUUCACCAUCAUAGAAGAAGAUGAGUCUGGUGGACAUUUAGUCACCAAGGGAUGCCUUGGAUUAGAGGGCUCAGACUUCCAGUGUCGGGACACUCCUAUUCCACACCAAAGAAGAUCUAUUGAAUGUUGCACAGGCCAAGAUUACUGUAAUAGACACCUUCACCCUACGCUGCCACCGCUGAAGAAUCGAGACUUUGCUGAAGGAAACAUUCACUACAAGGCCCUGCUGAUUUCUGCCACUGUUUGCAGCAUCCUGCUGCUGCUUAUCAUCAUAUUCUGCUACCUCAGAUACAAACGCCAAGAGACGAGGCCCCACUACAGCAUCGGGCUGGAGCAGGAUGAGACCUACAUUCCCCCUGGAGAGUCCCUGAAGGAUUUGAUCGAGCAGUCCCAGAGCUCAGGGAGCGGUUCUGGGCUCCCUCUCCUGGUUCAAAGGACCAUCGCAAAGCAGAUUCAAAUGGUGAAGCAGAUUGGAAAAGGUCGCUAUGGAGAAGUCUGGAUGGGAAAGUGGCGUGGCGAAAAGGUAGCAGUGAAAGUGUUCUUUACUACAGAGGAGGCCAGCUGGUUCAGAGAAACAGAAAUCUACCAGACUGUCCUGAUGAGACAUGAAAAUAUUCUUGGGUUCAUUGCUGCGGAUAUUAAAGGUACAGGCUCUUGGACCCAGCUGUAUCUUAUCACUGACUACCAUGAGAACGGCUCACUCUAUGAUUAUCUGAAAUCUACUACCUUGGACACAAAAGCCAUGCUCAAGCUGGCUUACUCCUCUGUCAGUGGCUUGUGCCACCUGCACACUGAGAUCUUCAGUACUCAGGGCAAGCCUGCUAUUGCCCACCGUGACCUAAAGAGUAAGAAUAUCCUGGUGAAAAAGAAUGGCACCUGCUGUAUAGCAGAUUUGGGCUUGGCUGUAAAAUUUAUCAGUGAUACAAAUGAGGUAGACAUCCCUCCAAAUACCCGUGUAGGAACAAAACGUUAUAUGCCUCCUGAGGUGCUGGAUGAAAGCUUGAAUAGAAGUCACUUUCAGUCCUACAUCAUGGCUGAUAUGUACAGUUUUGGACUCAUCCUUUGGGAGAUAGCAAGGAGAUGUGUUUCAGGAGGAAUAGUUGAGGAAUACCAGCUUCCAUACCACGACCUGGUGCCCAGCGACCCCUCGUACGAGGACAUGCGGGAGAUCGUGUGCAUCAAGAGACUACGCCCCUCGUUUCCCAACAGAUGGAGCAGUGAUGAGUGCCUACGGCAGAUGGGGAAGCUGAUGAUGGAGUGCUGGGCUCACAGCCCUGCCUCCCGGCUCACAGCCCUGCGCGUCAAGAAAACACUUGCCAAAAUGUCAGAGUCCCAGGACAUUAAACUCUGACUCUGCCAGAGCCAACUCCAGCAGAGGCCCCUGGAAAUGAACUUUCUUGUGCAGGCAGAAGUCCUGAAGAUGUAUCAAAAGUCUUUGCUAAGUACCUUGAAUGGAGGAGUCAUGCUGAAGAGCAGCUGUGAGUUCUGGAGGAGACCAUCCGUUGCAAAAAUCACCUGAAUUUUGACAUGCAAGAUUGAAGAGGCUUGUCUGCCCUUGUUUACAUGGGGAAAUACAGUUUUAGUAACUGGUUUAAGAUUAUGCAUGUUGCUUUCCAUGAAAGCCACUUAUUAUUUUAUUAUUAUUAUUGUUAUUAUUAUUGUUUUGAUUGUUUAAAAAGAUACUGCUUUAAAUUUUAUGAAAAUAAAACUUGGGUUAGAAGUAAAAAAAAAUAUGUAUAUUGAUACAUUAAAAAAAAAUUAGAGGAAACUGCUGAAAAUGAAAGCAAACCAACUUUUUCAUUUCCAAAAAGACUAUUGCACUCAAGCAUUUAGAAAAAAAAAAAAAAUAAAAAAAAAGGUGAGUGGAUCUGUGUAGCUCAGAGGAGCUGUAAUGGCUGCCUUAAAAGCCACCUGUUUGUGGAGAUAACUUUCCAAAGCCUGCAUGUGCAAGUGAUUCUCACAGUACAGAGGUGGAGCCCAGUUACAUCCCUGCCAUCCCCCUUGGUGUGGGUGGCCUGAUUCCUGUGGGUGGUCUGUCCCAGGGAAGGUCAUGCUUCGUUUAAGGUAGUUGGGAGCUAUAUGAAUAUGCUUUGGUGUGACUUGUUUAUAGAAGAUCUUCCAUGUUUCCAGGAAAUGUGAUGAGGAUAGUACCACAGUGAUAAACAAGUGCCCUUUUCUUGUUUUGUUUUUUUUUUCCUUCCUUUUCCCCCACUGCAAAAUAAAGUAUUUUGUGUGUGAGUGGAAAUGAAGUACACAUUUGAAUCUGCUGGGUAAUUUGAAACUGCUAGAGCCCACAAACAACCACUGUUUAAGAGGAAACCCCUUGUGAGAAGGAAUUAUUAACUUGCUGUUUCAUUUGUGUAAAAGUGAGAGGUCCAUCUACAACCACAGCUUAGAAAAAAAAAAAUAGCAAAAUCUGUGUUCCCUUUUUUAAGGGAAAGUGAAAAACCUCACAAGUGCCCAUUUCUGGGGUGGCAAUCAUUUCUCCUUGAGUGUGAGGAGACCUGGUGCCUUGAGGCUGUCGUAGAAAGUGACAGGGAGGGAGUGUGGGACACAUUAGGUGGGUGGUGAGAGCUGGGAACCGUGGGCAGCAGUGGGCACCUGCCUUGUGCUGUAGUGAGAGACACCACAAACCAGGCAAGUGGCUCAAGCUUUAUCUGCAUUACUAUUUUGGGUGGCCUUCCAGCAGCCUCCACACCUCUGGCACCUGCUGCACAGUAGUGCCAGGCUCAGCUGCCGGGCUGGGGCUGUGUAGCAUUGUGGUUCCCAGCAAGAGGAGCUGUCAGGGGAGAAAGGCGAUGGGAAAUGUAUUUUCUGCCCUUCCCUGUUCCUCCUUCCUGGGGCUGCAGCAGUUGUAGCAAUGCUAAUGCUACAGAAGGGGAAAUGAGAGGUGAAAUACACCCUGGGAAGUAUUUCCUUUGGAAAGGUUCUGUUCUUUGUCAGAUUACCAAAGCUGAGCUGCAUGGGAGCUACUGGUUUACCCUUUUUUACCCUUCAUCUGUUUUUUUAAAAUUUUCCUGCCUGGCUCUCUUGUUUUACUAGAUGGUGUUCAGCUUAAUUUUGAAAUAAGUCCUUACAAAUGCUGCUUUGAUUAUGCAAAGCCUAUUUUAGAACUGAACUAAUUGCCAUGCAGGAUUUAGCCUCAGCACUUCUGAAAUGUUUCUUUUUUUUUUUCCCCCUCUUUUUGGACAAAACUGAUUUAUUUGUGGUAGGUAGAUGAAUAAUUGGGGUUUAGCUUAACAGCUCCCUUAAGGUAUUUCUAGCUGGAAAAAUUACCAUUUUAUACUUUCAAGCUAACAGAGAAAAAUGCAUGGUUCAAGAGAACCAGCAAGACCUCCAUGAUGAUAGGUGUUAAAAAGCUUAAUCAGAAGGGUUUUGUUCAUUAGAGUGCUUUUUCUGCAGUGCAGUUUCCCUACCUGUACCCAAAUUUACCAAGCAAAACAAAAAGAAAAUCUCUGAGAGUUAAUAAUACACCAAAUCCUGACCACAGGAGGGGCAACAAUGGUUUCCCCAUCCUUGAAAAAUGUUUGCCAGGCUGAGAGCACAGUUUGCUCCUCUCCUUUGGCCCAACUUUGAGAUUUGUGGGCCAAAAUGGGCACAGUCCAGUCUCUCUUCACCUUUUUUGUCUUAGUGAGUGGAGCCAUGGGUUUCUAGUCUCAUUUCUACCCUGUGCAACUGAGAUUUCUCAGCUCCAAAGAAGCGGAUGGGACCUGCAGGUCCCAGGUCGCACAGCAGAGAUGCUUCUUUCCUGCCUGUUCAGGUGUGUUUCAUCUCUUCCCUCCUCAAAUAGAUUUUUUUUCUUUAUUGGAAUCAGCAGGGCUCUCUCCCCAGGAGUGUUGUGGAAGGUGCUUUGCCAGCUGGCAGCACCAGCGAUGCAGUGAACACCCCUGGCAUCUGCCAUCAGCAUGUGAAAGAGAAAGGGCCAGUCAUGGUUUCCUGAGCAAAUCUUACCUUUUUUUUUUGGUCCAGAAGAAAAGAAUCUAAGAUCCUGGUUGAUAGAUCACGUAAAGUGUGUAUGUUAAAUGUUCAAGUUUAUGUGUUUUUAUAUAUAUAUAAAAAUAUAUAUAUAUAUUCAGUUGCGAGUCUGGAAUAGCUCCAGUAUGUGGAUUAAGAGUAAACUAUUAUGGAUGAAAAAGCACUAAAUAAAACAUAAUAUUUAUUUAUGAAAAUGCAUAAAUGACAAAUCACUGCAACGGUGCUGUAUAGGAAAAUAGAUAAAUAUAUAUAAAUAUAUAUAUAUAUACGAGGAGACACACACUGAGAAAGCAAACAGUCUGCAGUUGUGUAACUAGUGCCUGCCUAUUUUCUCCCAAGACCAGAUUUUGCCCUCAAAUCUCCUAUCCACUGUAAUCUAUUGUAAAGGGCUAUUCCUAAGGCCAGAAAACAGCCUAAGGCAAGGGUAGAGGUCUUCUGUUCCAGCAUUGUGACAUUCGAGUUACUGCCUGCAUGGGUGACUUGCUGUAACGCUCAGCGUGUCAUUAUUAAGGUUUCAGCACCUGCAGUGACCACAGGUUAGUCUGUUUGUUUGGCCAGGUGUGGCCUUUUAAUGUCACUUCCAUAUUUUGGUGGUUUCAAAGGGCGCAUUGAUGAGGGCUUGGAAGUCAGUGGUAAAGAUAAUUGUGGCUUCAGUGCCCACGGGUCUAGAAAUCCACUUUUCAAAUGUAAAUCGUUCAAGGAAGUGUAGUUUAGUUUCUUACUGGCAUAGGUGAGAUGGCAUAGGUAAGUGGGAGAAGAAAAAAAAAAAGAGAGAUGCCAUCUAGCAACUGCUAUCCUUUCUCUAGCACAAAGUUAUUUCUAUUAAAGAAAAGGCUGUCAAUGUAGAGACUAAGAAACUAAUUUGUGUUCUAUUUUGAGAACCAGUGCCUUAUUAAACCUGUAAAUACUGUAAUUAGAAAACCUGGGGAACAAACUGUGUUAUGUUGUAUUUGUUCAAAUUGUAUAUGGUUGUUUUAACAUUCCCCCCCAAUAAAAUUGUUUCCAUCUCCCCAUGACAGAAAUUGCUAUUUACUUUUAAUGUGCUUGAAAAGCACCAUCUUUUUGUUUCAUUUCCCUGGCUAGAUUAUUUUGACUGUGCCUUGUUUUAUUUAUUUUAUUUUUAUAAGAUUUUUUUUCCUCUGAGCAAACAAGUAAACAGCAAUAUGUUCCAUAUGUUUCCACUGGCAUAAAAAAGCAUCACUCCUUUCACAAGUCAGUGAAGAGAAAAAUAGUAAUUAAAAUAGUGUUAUCACUAAUAGAGCAGUUGCUCGUGUUUUGUGGCUGAUUAUGUAAAUCUAUAGGAAGUCAGCAUUAGCAUAAUUUUUUUUAGACCACCCCCCCUUCAUUCUGCUACAUCUUUAUAGAUAUUUUUUACUAUUUUUAAUAGCACAAGAGGAACAGGAGUCAUCUCUGCAGAGACUGAAGCUAGAAUUCCCAGCCCCAUGCAUCAGGUGAAAAUGUUUCAGCCUCAAUACCCAGCAUCAGCUGAAAAUGGCAUUGCUUAAUGAUGAGGCUUGGGGUAUGUACCUCUACAUCUAGUGAGGUAUUUCUGUGAAUUUCUACUUAAAGCUCGAGCACUGUUCUCAUUCUGCAGUUCUGUGUUGCAGACCCAGCUCAGUGUUUCCUAAUGUUUAAUUGCCUUGCUGGUUAUUUUCAGAGAAGUGUGUAAAUAACAACAAUUUCUCCUUGAGCUGCACAGCCCCUGCAAGCUUUGCCCCGCACAGUCUGUGCUCAGUGGCAUUGCAGUUAUUCUCCAGGCAGUAUUCCUACAGCCCCCUUGGCUUGGCCACAUUGAGGUGACAAAACCUUGUGCUUGCUGCACACUGCCCCUGGCAUGCCACUGAGCCCCACAGUUCUUAUGUGCAGAAACAUUUCUUUGGGGGAGUUUUUUUGGGGUUUUUUGUUUUGUUUUUAAAAAAGAAACUAAAUAAAAGACUCCACUUCUGAGAUUCCAGGAAUUAAACAACUGAACACAAGGCAGUGAUGUACUUUUUUUUCCAGUUGCUUAUAAAUAUAAUUUAUUACCUGUUUAAAAAUUCUUUCUUACACUUUGUACAUGUCAGGCUGACAGAAUAAAUGCAGGCAUUUACAAACAGAGGGAAGGAGAAAAAAAGGGAGGGGGGUAAGAGGCACACUCAGAACUAGUAAACCACACCUCCACUGUACAGCAAUACAAAUAAUGCAAUGGCUAGCACUUCUCCUGUAGUAAGUCGGUCUUUAGAAAAGGAAUUGCAUAGAAGAUACAGCAAUAGGGAAACCAAAACCAAAAGAGUUCUCCAGAUCUGAAUAGCAAA